UAGAGGGAGGAAGGAGGGGAAGAUGACCGAGAGGUAGGGGAAGGAGAAGGAGAGCUGAGUACCGGUGGUCGGUCCAGUGGGGUUGAUGCUGAUAAGGAUUUGAAGCACUGAAGGUCAACGCUGCUUUUCAUUUCAUCAACCAAAACUGCAACUAAAACGGCAUAAUUUCAUUCAACACUUCAACUAAAAUACGGCACCGUAUGGUAUUUAAUUUGGCUCGUCCAGUGGGAAAAGAAUGAUAGGAAAUAAACUCCCUAUAUAAACUUCGAAGCUCAGGCUCGGAGAAAGCAGAUGCAGACGCAGUUGAGAGGAAUGAUGGAAAAGGGAAAGAAAGGGAAAGGAGAGAGGAAAUGCAGGGAGAGAAAGGAUUGAGAUUUUUUAACCUAAGAUUCAUUUUUUCAACCUCUUAUAGUUUGUGCUUCAGAUAUUUUUUGUUUCUUUUGUUCCCCGAGUGAUUCUCCUUCGCUUUGGUUGAAGCUGCAUUAUUAAGUCAAGGAACUGAAGAGACCAUUUUUGAAGAUGAUGUUGGUCAAAAGUUUGCUUGCAAGGUCUGUCCCCUACACUAGAGGUUUUUCUUAUACUCCUCCAAGUGUGCUUAGAACUGGUGAUAUCUUAAGGCAAACAAGAACAUUCUCAUAUCAAGACCUUAUAGAUUACUCAAAGGUGAGUCAUGACUUAAAUCCGCUUCAUUUGGAUUCUGAAGCUGCCCGGGAUUCUGGAUUCGAGGAUCGGAUUGUGCAUGGAAUGCUUCUUGCUGCAUUGUUUCCUCAGAUUAUUGCAUCCCAUUUUCCUGGAGCAGUGUAUGUUUCUCAAAGCUUGCAUUUUAAGAGCCCUGCAUAUAUUGGAGAGGAGGUUGUUGGUGAGGUACAAGCUAUUAAUAUAAGAGAGAACAAAAGGAGAUACAUAGCAAAAUUCUCGACCAAGUGCUUCAAGAAUGGUGAGCUUCUCGUUAUUGAUGGUGAGGCCACGGCAAUUUUACCAACCCUAGUUGUGGAAAAUAGAUCAAAAGGAGCUGGCGCAAAUGCUAGUGACUGGUGGAAGAAUUGAUAACGUUCAUCUGUCAAUUUUCCUCUUUUAAGAAUUUUAGUGUACAGAACUAUUUUAGCAGUUGGAGUCAAAUUUUAAACUUAUGUUUGUUGGGAAAGCAUGAAUUAACUCGCAGUCAAUGCAGUUUGUUAAAAUUGUGAUUUAUAUUAAUUUUAUUUUCGUCAUUUUCUUCAUUCUGCA